GUUUCAGGUCUGUCAAAAAAUGACAAGUAAACAAUUCGUGAGGUUAUGUGGCAUGAACCUAUUUUAGUAAAGUGUAAAAUAAAAUGAGAUUAAUUUCCGUUAUUUGCAAGAUACUAUAAAAAUAGGAACUGAAACAUAUUAAAUAACAAUGGCUCGGCGAUAUUUGAUGUGGUUUGCUCACGAACAUUUAGAUUUUCGUCAUUCUGAAAUGUACAGUAUUCUGUCCUUAUUGAAUUUAAAAAUAAAGUUCAUUGAAAAACCUUCGAUAGAUAAACCUUAUUGGAUUGUAGAGCUACCAUCGGAGUCUUGUGUAAAAAAAAUUGCGUCAAGGUCAGUUUUGUUAAAGAAUUGCAUAGAAUUAUGGUCAAGAGCUAAAAGUGAAACGAGCCUACACGAAAACCUUAAAAGUGCUGUGAAGAAUAUAUCAGGAGAAUGGAUAGUACCAUCAACAAAUGAUGAUGCCAGUGACAUACAUAUUUGUCCCAGUGAACUUAUAGAAGCUUGUAGUCGGAAAGAUAAAUCUUUCAAGAUAGAUGUGGAAACAUUUUGUAAGCAUUUUACUAUGAAAGAAAAAGUUGAUAAGAUAGAGCAUUUCAGUUAUUUACCACUAGAGGGGCCAGUGAAACUUAAAAAUCCUGACAUCACACUUUCAUAUAUUGAGUUCUAUGGAGUUGACCCAAAUAAUGUUCCAGAACAACCAUGUGACUUAUUUUUUGGCCGAUGGGUAGCAGAUGGUCAAAGAGAUCUCAUACAAGUGCACUCAUUGAAGAAGAGACAGUUCAUUGGAAAUACUAGUAUGGAUGCUCAGCUAUCAAUCAUCAUGGCAAACCAGGCCCAAGUGGCUCUGGGUGAUGUUGUGUUGGACCCAUUUGUUGGCUCUGGUUCUUUAUUAGUUGCCGCUGCACACUUUGGAGGUUAUGUAUGGGGCUCAGAUAUUGACUUCAUGAUGUUACAUGCCAGAACAAGACCGACUAGAGUUGGACAAAAGGUGCGCCACAAAGAAGAAAGUAUAAAAGGGAACAUGAAUCAAUAUGGUAUUCAAUCGCGAUACUUAGAUGUUGUAGUCAGCGACUUUUCUUUACCUAUGUGGAGAGAUGACCUAAAAUUCGAUGCUAUACUAACUGAUCCUCCAUAUGGUGUCCGAGAGCCCACAGAAAAAAUCGGAAUAGAAAGAGACAACUAUUCGUUGUUAGAAGAGCAUUUAGAUAAUCACAUACCUUCCAAGGUCGAAUAUGGCUUACCCCACAUAUACAGUGAUUUGUUGAAUUUCGCUGCGAAACAUUUGAGGAUUGGCCGGCGGCUGGUAUGUUGGUAUCCUUUAGUAAGAGACGAGUAUCGCGAAGAUCAUUUACCCUCGCAUCCAUGUCUAGAACUGGUCGGUAACUCGCAGCAGGUGUUGUCCAAACUGACAGCGAGGAGAUUGCUCACCUAUCAGAAGAUCAGUGACGAAAUACCUAACAUGCCGCACGAUCCUAACGCUGGAGCGCAUAAUUUCAGAGAUAAAUACUUCGCUGUCGGCGAAAUAUCAAGGCGGGAGAAGAAAGAGAGACGUGCGGAAGAAAUAGCCAACAGCGCUCUCUAUAUCAAAGCAAAACAAGAGAAGAGUUCAAAUAAUUAAAAUAUUUCUUAAUAAAA